GACCCGUGGCACUGGCUUACUUUGUUGCCAGAGACAGUUUCAGGCACCUUGUGUCCAGGGCAUUCAGCACAGCCACCUUGCAGGAAGGGCUUUCCUUGGUGGACCAGCAGCAGGUCAAGGAGGAGCAGAUUGAUGCUGAUAUCAAGGCCAUCGAGGCUGAAAUCCAGCGCGAGGAGCAGAAUGCAAAGCGCGGCACGAGGUGCACCCCGGUGGCUGGGGCCACACCCUCACCUCAGGCGAUGCUGAAGAAACACAGGAUAGAGGUGCCCGAGGACUCGGAGUGUGUGCUGUUGGGAAAUGACGAAGUGCUGUUCACAGCACUCAAGGAUCAGCUCGGCAGCCCCUCCCCAGGCCCAGCUUCAGAAGUGAUCAUGGAGCCUGUGCUAGAGGAUGGGUAUGACAUGGUUGUCUCGCCUACAAAGCCGAAACACCUGUUCCUUAGUCCAUACAAGCCUGAGACUCCGACUCCAUCGAAGACUCCCUCGAAGACUCCCUCGAAGACUCCCUCGAAGACUCCCUAUGAUCCUGUGGCAUGUGCCGAAACCCAGCCGGGCAAGACCCCCCAGCGGAACAUCAGCUUCAUGGACACCCUGGUGAUGGAAACCCAAGACUCUCCCGCCCCGACCGUGAUGGACCCCUAUGAGAACCACGAGGUUGCAUCGCCUCCGGUUGCAAUGGACCGUCAAGCUGCAGAUGUUGCAGACCCCAAGGGCUCGGGUUCCGGGAGUACAAAGUCGGAUGGGGUAGCAGCACUCGAGUUGCAGUUCCAGGCCCUUGGGUUGAGUGUGGACUCGGAGGAGGCUGCAGUGGUGGCCACUGCAGCCAACAUGGCACAGGGCAGUGGCAGCACGGGUGGUUCGAGCGAGGACCCCAAGGAUGAGGAGAUUGCUAAGCUAAAGCAAAUGAUCUUCAUGAUGAAUGCCAAGCUUUGUGCCGAUAAUGAUCCCCAGGCUCAGUUUGCGCGUGAAGCUGAACGGGAAGCUGCGCGCGAAGCUGCACGUGAAGCUGCACGGGAAGCUACACGUGAAGUUAUGCAGGCUGCUGCCAAGGUACCGGUUCAGGACGCGCCGGCGGCUGCAGAUGAGCAGGUUGGCCUUGCGGCGGCGAGGCAGAGGCUCAGGCGAAUGUGUGCCCCUCGGGCCAAUGGCUCUCUUGGUGUACCUAAAGAGGUACAUGAAAAGUAUGUGGCCGGCGGGUCUGAACGAGAUGGGCUUCUCAAAUUGCUUAUGAAGAGCAACUUCAACAAGGAGAGCUUCAUCAAAGAGGUGAUCGUGCUGAGCGAGAAGGAGAAGGCCGUGUCCCUCGAGGUCACCGGGGAUUAUUUUUCCGAGCAAGAGCUCAGGGACAUGAAAGCCGACACCUACAACAAGAAAAAGCCCUUCAAGUAUUGGUACGAAACCCGAGUCACUGCAAGCAUGAAACAAAGCCGCCUCUUGAGAGAGCAGGAGCACGUCUCCUACAACCAAGAGGUCGAAGCCGAUGAGGAUGGAGUUGUCCUGGGCAACAAUGUUGCUUUCGAUCUUUCGGGCUUCGAUGGCACACUUGGUGACGGUACGCUUGUGGGGGGACAUGCAGGGAGUUCCGAGGAUGAUCUUGGGUUGCCUUCGCUUGAAGGCAAGCGCCCUCAGGAUGUUGCGGAAACGUACAGGCUGAUUGACAAGAUGACGGCUUCCAUCAAAACCUUUGAUGAUUGCCACGACAAGAUCGACGAGACCUACUGCGAGGGUCGGGUGGAAGGAUUCACAGCGGAAAUGCAGGAGACCCUGAAGGGGCUGUUCAAGAAGGCCAAGCGUGCGCAACGACCGACACCGGGGCCAGCGGCCCGCAAGCUCGUGAAAUCUCUGGCGAUGGGAGAUACUGCAGCCAGUGUGGUGAGUUUUGCCAAAGCUCUAGAAGAAGAGCAGCCGCUACUCUUGAGAGGGAUCCGGCAACUUUCUGUUCUUUCCCUGCCACAUGCUGAGUCUGGACUACACCGAGUCAUUAGAGACUGGGGCAUGGCGCUUCCCAUCGAUGUAUACCUUUUCAGUAAGGGUAUUCUGUUUGCUCCAAUGUGCCUGCCUUCCAAAAUCCUGGAGUUCUACCUUUGGAAAAAGCCUGGGAUUUUAUUCGGGGGCUUUGGCCGAAACCAUUUCGCUUUGGAUGGCUUCCUACAAAGCUUUUGGCAAUGCUACAGGUACGAGGAUGACGAUCAUCAGGUAUUCCAAGUUCAUGGUAAUCGGCUCAACCGAUGCUUCCCCAUUUGUAUCUAUGGUGACGAAGGACGUGGAUUGCGGAAAGCUCCCAUACAGGUCGUGGCCCUUGAGACAUUAUGGGGUAUAAAGACGUUUUCUGCUUGUGAGGAACUUGCGAAAACUCGUGGCUGGAACAGCGAAACUUUCUUGGAAGCCUCAGACCACACUGGACGCGGGUCGUCGCUAACUUCUCGGCUUUUGCUAUAUGUUCUGCCUCAUGGAGCCUACAAAAAAAAGCAGAAACAUUUUUGGUACGAUACAUUCGGUGCUCCUGUGAAAGAUUUGGCGAGGCUGUUCCAUGAAGGAAUCACAGAUCCGAAUGGGGAGACCUGGUUCCCCAUUCUGAUAGGUGUAAAGGGAGAUGCACCUGCACUCAACAAGAUGGGCAAUUUCACCCGAAGCUUUUUGCGAACCAUUGGACAGAAAGGAAUUUGCCACCUGUGCUUGGCCGGCAAGGCUGGCCAGCACAUGUGGGAGGACAUGCGAAGUUCCGCAAGCUGGCAUGGAACUAUUUGCCAAGAACGGCCAUGGACAGAUCGAAAGCCAUCGUGUGUACUUCCCAUACCUUUUAGCUUGCAGGCACCCGAAAAGGUAUUCAGGUCGGACUGCAUGCACUUGGUGAAGCUGGGGGUUGCCCGGCAUUUCAUCGCUUCAUGUGUGGUGGCACUGGGCGACUGGAAUAUUUUUCCUGGCAGUGCUGACAGCAUGGCUGCACUUCUGGAGCUCUCCCACGACGACUUUGUAUGGUGCUGCAAACAUGAAAUCAAACAGACGCCGCAUCUGAAGCUGUUUUCGAAAGAAGGCUGGAAGGCCGCCGAUUCUUUGAUGUUGGCACGGUGGCUGCUGCGAGUGUUGCGACAAGGGCCUGUGAAGCCGGACGGGACUGGGCGUUCAGGGGUCACGUUUUUGAGUGACCCAGAGCGGGGGCAUAUCUUCAGAGCAAUGGAAGAUGCAUGCUGCAGCCUUCUACGUUUCUUCCAGAUUAUCCACCAGCAGGGGUUGUGGCUGAACAGAAGCCUGGGGCAAUCAGCUGCUGAUUCGGUUCAGCUGUUUUGUCAGAGUUACACUUUCCUGGCGCGAGGGUUUAACGAGCUCGGCAAAUUUCUGUUCCACUUGGAACCUGCUCUUCAUAUGUACCGCCAUGUGGGGCUUCGAAUUACGACGAUCCUUCGAACCGGAGCACCCGCCGUAAUUUCCCCUGCAGCUUAUGUGACGGAUCUAUCGGAGGACUUUGUUGGCAUCUGCUCUAGGAUUUCCCGGCGGGUGGCCUCACGAACGUGCGGCCACCGCACGCUUCAACGAAUGCUAAUCCGCUAUCAUUUGGAGUUCGAGAAGCUGGGCGUGUAG